GCGAGGCACGCAGGAGUCGCGUGGAGAAACAGUAGCGCGUUGGAGAGGAACCGCACGCGCUCUGCAGCGGAGCUGUGCCAUGCACUUUCCUGUCAGCGUACUCCUCUACUCCGGAACCGUAGGGAAUUUCGCCGAUGAUAACCAGUCCCUGAGACUUGGCCCCAUGGAAGACCCGGUCAUGAGAAACGUUGAUAAUGGCAGCGCCGCGAGAAACGACAGCGACCCAUUCGGAAGGAAUGAAGAAGUUGCGAAGAUAGAGAUCGCAGUUCUGAGCAUCACCUUGGUCGUGGCCGUUAUCGGCAACCUGUGCGUUUUGUUAGCCAUGUACAACACAAAGAAAAAAAUGUCUCGGAUGCACCUGUUCAUCAAACAUCUGAGCCUGGCCGAUUUGGUGGUCGCUUUCUUCCAGGUCUUGCCUCAGCUUUGUUGGGAAAUCACCUUUCGCUUUUACGGACCCGACUUUCUGUGCAGAAUAGUCAAACACCUGCAGGUGCUGGGCAUGUUUGCCUCAACCUACAUGAUGGUCAUGAUGACUCUGGACCGAUACAUCGCCAUUUGCCACCCUCUGAAAACACUUCAACAGCCCACCCGAAGAUCAUAUGUCAUGAUUGUGAGUACGUGGGUGUGCAGUCUGGUGCUAAGCUCUCCGCAGUACUUCAUAUUUUCACUGAGCGAAAUCAAGAACGGGUCCGACGUGUACGACUGCUGGGGGCACUUCAUCGAACCGUGGGGCGUUAGGGCUUACAUUACCUGGAUAACAAUUAGUAUUUUUGUCAUCCCGGUCGCCAUUCUGGUGAUCUGUUAUGGUUUCAUUUGCCACAGCAUCUGGAAGAACAUCAAGUACAAAACCAAAAAGAGCGCACCGGGACCCAAGUCUAAAAACGAUCUGAUUGGCAAGUCCGCCGUAAGCAGUGUCACCACGAUAUCCAGAGCGAAGCUGAGAACAGUCAAAAUGACUUUUGUGAUAGUCCUGGCGUACGUCGUGUGCUGGGCUCCUUUUUUCCUCGUGCAGAUGUGGUCGGUUUGGGACGAGAACUUUUUAUGGGACGAGUCGGAGAGCACCGCAGUCACGCUGUCGGCGCUGCUCGCCAGCCUGAACAGCUGCUGCAACCCCUGGAUCUACAUGAUCUUUAGCGGCCACCUCCUCCAAGACUUCGCCCAAUGUUUCCCCUGCUGUCAGAAAAUAAAACACAGUUUCAAAAAGGAGGAUUCGGACAGCAGCACCCGGAGAACCACGCUCCUCACCAAAAUUACAACCAGGAGUCCCACCUGCAGUUCCGGUAUCUGGAAAGAUUUCGACAACUCCCCCAAAUUAGCCACAUUAAUACCGACAGAGUCCUGAAUAAUUAUCCACAUCCCCGGCUGUUGAGAGUAUUUAUAUUUAUGGACGAUUGACAAAUCAUGUUCAGCAGGCAGUGAAUCCUGAAAUUACAGCCAAACGAAACUGUUCUGUAAAUACUCCUCUCUUCUGUAAAAUUUGUAAUUUCACAGCUUGGCAUUUUUUCGUGUUUUGUACCAAUGCAUUGCAUUCUGAGCUUAAUACGAUAUAAUUUACCUGAAUGUUACAAACAGUAGUCCAAAUAUGGACAUAUCUUAAAUACAGUUAAAUAACAUUUUGGAACGAUAUGGUAGCUGAAAAGAGAAAUACGUUCAUCUUCGUGGUGUACAGCAUUGAGACAACAUUGCAGUUCAUCAGUUCUUUUAAUUAUGCGUUUAAAUUGGGUGAGGGGAUUUUUUAAAACAAUUCAAUAACACAUUAUAAUAAGCGGUUAGUAGCCGAUUCAUAACAUUAUAAUUUGUUAUUCAGUGUAAAACUGCGGUAAUGCACACAUAGCCAUGACACUGUCAAUUACACGUACCAUACAACACAAAGCCAACAAGCCUUUAAUGAAGAUUUGCUACGUUUUCUUUACUGGACUGAACGUGUAGAACCACGUGCUGUAUAUAACUAAAUAAACUUAUAAAACUAAAGUGAUGAGAUGUAAAUACUUGAGCGGCUAUUUUUGAUACAAUGUACAAUUACAACUACAUUUUUACAUAUAUACAACAGUCUUUGCUAUGCGGAGUAAGAUUAAAAGCAACCAAUAUUGGCUUCGAAUAGACGAUAGACUGCCUGGAUUUGUAAUGCAACUGAAUUAAUAUGUAGAAUUCUUAAGGUUUUACAGAAUGUGAAUGUGCACUUUUAUGAGCGCGCGGCUGUUUUUUUCCAGUUGAGAUUCAUACUUUUAUUGCAUGAUUGUGUCAUGAUUGUUUACAAAAACAAAAUUCGGCAGUUUACAUUACCGUUUAUGACAUUUGGGAAGUAAACUAUUUCUCACACUCACUGGGAAGUCAGAAAAUUUGAUAUGAGAGGACAAGUUUUAUUUCCUUUGCUUUUAAAAAAAUAACAAACCGAAUGUGUAAAAACGACUAUAAUGGACCCCAAUAUGCUGCAAACACAUGUAUAUUCACAUAUCAUAGUGUAAAGAGUUUCAAAGUUUAGUGUUGCAUGUAGAAACACAUUGUGAUAAUUACUCCUGUCUCGGUGAAAAAGUUAAAAUGUUAGUUAUUUCCAUAAGACAGUUACAUAGAUGGCUGUUGAUGUGUCUUUCUAUGGAGCUCUGUCCAUUCUGAAUAUCAUUGUUAAUAUCCCCAUACAGUAAUAUAUGUGAGUAUUUGUGCAUUCAAUUUUCUAUGUCCUACCAGUUAAAAAGGUAUGUUUAUAUAAAUGUAUAUACUUUUUUAGAUAAUCAAAUUUUUUGACAUUUGUAAUACUUGUAGUCAGCACAAGCGCACAAGCCGCAGCCUUACCUGUGAGACACAGGUGAAGGGAAAGAGGAAUAGGCCUGUCAGGUAAGUAUGCGCCUACUUCAUAGCCGGUAUUCAUGACGCAUCUCAGAGGAGGAGUGCUGAUCCAGGAUCAGUUUCACCUUUCGGUUCAUAACCGACAAGGUUAGGAUAUGAACAGGCUAAACUGAUCAUAGUUUGGCUCUCUUGACCCUGAGAUGCAUUAUGAAUACUGGACCAGAACAUGAGCGUCUGUUCUGGACAAAAACUAAACCUCAUUCCCACAAAUGCUGUUAAAACCCACUCAUAAACUGUGUGUGCGUGUGUGUCUGUCUGUCUGUCUGUAUGAGCGUGUCUGUAUGUAGUCUUACUGUGUAUUAUUAUUCCAGAACGAACUGUUGUAGAGAGUUUAUUGUGUGUUAUUGCCUUCACACGUUUUCUAUUUUUUUGGCACUCUUUCAUCAUGCUGGGUCUUUAAAACAUGGCAUGGAAAUGAAAGCUUGGAUGAGUCAUAAAUGUAAAUUCAUUUGUAAAUAAUAUGAAUGUAAUUAUACCAUUUUAAAUCUUAAUAAAUUAUGAAGUUAUUAA